ACGGACCAUUUCCUGUUAAAUCCAGUUUCACUGGUUUGAAACCAUUCGGAAUGGUGUCAAACUUAUAGCAUAACAAGUGAAGUUAUGCUUAAUAGUCAAAAUUCUUGUUCCCACCCUGUCAUCUUUUCAUUUUUCGGAACUUUUUGGCCCAGCUGUGUGCAAAAAAAAUUACAUGUACUACGUACAUGUAAUUUAGUAAGAGCGCCACCAAUUGGUACACAUGAGAAAGGGUGAAACGACGGCGGCCCCCACGUUCAGGUAGUUUUUGUAUUUUACUGCUAAUUGUACAUCGUAGCAUGAUCGUAGCGACAGCCAGAGCAGUGUAAGUCAUUUAAACGUGUUAAAGGAAGUAAUACUGCUCGCCAUGAAGAGAACGUUUGAAGUGCCACCUUCACAAGCUGAAUCCAGUCCUCCUUCAACACCUACUCCCUCUCCCAGGGAACUGCCAAAAUGGUUUGAGCUGAGAUCAUUCCAGUAUGAUGGUCGAGUGUUUGUUGUUUCUCUACCGGGGCUGUGCUUAGCCUUAGCCCUGUCUGGAGAGCUGCUCCUUGGCGUGGUGGUGACUGGAGGGCUAAUCAUCCACUUCAUGCAGAGUGGGGGUGCCAGACGAAGAGCCGUGUUGGCCUUCCUCUUUGUGUUUAUCGCGGCGCAGGUCAGCACCAUCUACUCAGCCCUGCCACUGGUGUGGGAAUCCAUAUACCACAUCAUCACCAUCCUCCUCCUGAACAUGUCAGUUGUCUUGACAGGUGGAUGGGUUCUGCUUCACUUUGAAGAAUUCCUGAAAGAGGAACCGUCGUUAGCAGAGAUCAUAGAGCUGUCUCUCUUCACGAUCUUUCCAACCGUGUCAGUGGCCGUAUUCACUUGUAUCCUGGCAAUGGUUACCUGGUCUCAUUACAUACCCUACAGUGUCAUCAUUCAUGGCUUCCUUGUGCUUAGACUCUUUGUAACCCCCUCACCGCCAUCAUUUCGUAAGAGGAACAUGGGAUCCUACUCUGAUGUCUUUGUGCUCGGUCACGCCGAAGUCUCCCUCCUCCUGAUUCUAUACAUAUCAGCACCAGUUGAGAUUUUCAUCAUUUUGAAUGUUUGGGACCUGCUUAGCCUGAUCACCAUUUUGGAGCUUCUACUGUUAUUCACCUUACCUUGCUUCCUGAUGACUCUUCUAGAAAUAAGAACCUGGUCUGAUCGCUAUGGUAUUCCUCACAGGUAUAUCGUGUGGUCAAGAUGGGCUUUUGGACUUGCAUCCUUGUUUUUUGGGUGGAUACUUUUGAGUCAGACACAAGAUUCCUUGCUUGUUCACUGGCUCUCAGUGACAAUACUUGGGAAUGUUUUACUUGGCUGGACAGCCACCCAAAAGGGGCAAAUUGGUCACAUGUUUAAAAUGUUGUGUAGUUUGGCAGUGUUGUGUAUUUAUGUUCUAGCCGUGCACUACAGUAUUCCAUGGCAUUUGACACUUCCAAGUGUAAACCUUAGUAUUGUUGGGUUUGGACUUACCAUGAAUGCACUGCUCUCUGUUGCCUGUUUCCUUGCAUGCAGUGCAGGAAAUCGCAGACUGUGUACAACCCUGUUGAUAGCAUUCAUGGCAGGGAUGGUUUACAAUGAAUUGUACCUCAGUGAACAGAAAAUGUACUCCAUCUUGCUGAUGUCAUGCACAAGUGUCAUUAGCACGUAUCUGCUAGUGAGGCUAUUAUCCGCCGGCAUCAUCUUUUGGUAUGGUGUGUGGGUUGGGUCAGCAGUCCAUGCUUCCAAGUUACCAUUUUUUAUUGGUUUGCUGACAGGGAGGCCAGCUGAUACCAGCCGUUUUGUUGGGGUACCAGUUGUUGCUUUUACCCUGGCUGUGACUAAGCUACUGUUUUUUGAGUAUCAGAAAGAAAUCUCCAACAACAGUGCUCUAUGUUAUGUUGUAAGCGUCUUGGCAAGUUUGUUGCUUUGCUUUCAUAGUUUGAUUGAGCCUCUGAGUUACAUGCUUUUUGACAACUCACUAACCGUGGUCCAAACAGUUUGCUUCAUAGUGGCAUUAACUGGGACUGUUUGCCUCAAACUGAGUGUACAGCAUUUGCACCAUGUAGCCAUAGCCCACAGAGUGAAUCUUCUCUGCCUUGCUGCCUCUGGGCUAGCGUUUAUCUUACAACCAUCCAGUGCCCUUGACUGGCAUGCAUUUAGCCGCUGGCUGACAUUGCUGGCUGGUACUCUUGUUGCAGCUGCCAUCCUAGGAAUCGUGUCUGCCAAUCAGAGCCUUUUUGCCGUGUUCUUCCAGUCAGUCAUCGUCGGUCUGGCAUCCGGAGCAGAAGCCUCCGAUGUUCUCUUUGCAAUGCCCAGCAAGCUCACCCUGUUGCAGUACACCCUGUCUUGCACACCUUGCGCCUUCAUUCUUCUCUCACUUUGGGCAAACUUCACAGCGAAACGGGCUGUCAGGAAGCAACCUCUUCUCAAGCCGGUAGUCUUUUUUCUUGCCAUCGUAGCCUCUGUAACUUACAUCACUGAACUGAGUCAAAAAGCUGGAGCCAACUUUAGUCUCUUGGAGGAUUUCCGAACACCAUGUCUACGUCUCUAUUGUGCUACUAGUUUACUGCUAAGUUUUGCUCUCCGCUUGUACUGUUUCCUUAUACAAAGCACGGACCCUUUCGGGUUUUCUCCAAAUAAAGUCUCCACCAUCAGCAAUGUAUUCACCAUCUUGGCGUACCUUCUGGCAUGUCUCAACUGCCCUCUUCAGCCAUGGGAGAUCUGGAACUCAGGCUGUGCGUUACUACUCCUCAAUCUCCAGCAGGACCCUGAGAUCCUCACCUCCCUUGCACCAAAACGCAGAACAGGCAUUGUCCUUGGUGCUUGCCUCUUCGGCAUUUAUUCUUCAACAGUUCUUCAUAGUGAUCUUCUCGUGACUGGAAUAAGUCUGCUCGCCUUUUUUGAGGCCCUCCUUCUCCUUGCAACCCUGCCAGUCUUCGUCACUUUUGUACAGCAUCAGGUCAUCAGUGACCAUGUACUGAAUGUGGAGCUUGUUGUGUUUCUGACACCUCUCAACGCCUUGUUCUUUCUUGUUGGAAGCAGCUUUACAAGUUGGUUGCUGAGUUGUGUUGGACUCAGUGCUGGGAUCUGGAUGCUGGUUGAAAAAAUAUCAAUCAAGGACCUCUAGACUGAAAAAGUAUCAGAGUCUAUCGGUUUAUAUCUAUGUACAUGAAUAUUUUGUUAAUUCGUAGUAUUGCCUGACACAGGCCUUUUUCAAUUACAGUGUUUGGUCAACUAUGAGGGUUACUAGCGACCAUGUGAUGAUGGGUAUCAAUUGAGACAUGCUAUGAGAUUUUAAAAUUCUAACUUCAGUGUUUUCUGCCCAGAAGCUCCAUGCACGUUACGUACAUGUAUGCUGUUGAUUUUUAAGAUUCCCCUAUCACCCCUACAGAGAAACUGCAAUAGGCUACUGCCUGUCACAAAAUUUGUGAAGUGCAGAUAAUCGAUGGCACUAGGCAUUGUGGGUUGCUGCCUUAAUGCAAACUUAUUGGAUUGGGUUUUCAGUCCUACCUGAUUCCAUGUUUUCAUUUUGUGGAAUAUUUGUCCACUGUUGUCCUCCCACCCCUAAAACUGACCCUACAUCUUAAUUGUCUUUUCACUUAUAAUCAUUCUGUAACUGGCACUAAGUGCACUUUGGGACAUCAAAAACGAAAAAUGUAUACUUGUGUACAUGUACAUUGAGGUGUAGACCCAUGCUGUUUUUAAAGUUCCAUUUAAUAAAGGCUGGGAAAAUAACGUCAUACAUUCGGAAUUCGCUUGUGCCAGCCUUCUGUAAAGGGGAUGGCCAUAAGUGAACCACUGUCAAUCGGGUUCACUCUAAACUAUAGAGGCCUUGAUCAUAGGAAUUGCAGUGAAAGGCCUACGGACGUAAACAAAAAAUCUAGGCUCUCUGGCAGCCAUUUUACCAUACCGAAUACAAAGACAGUGGUUGGCUCGCUUACUGCUAUUAAUUCCAAGAACAAUUUGGUUAACAAUGGUGAGCUAUCCUUUAUAUUUCCCUUGUAUUCGGCCUGGUAAGAUGGCUGCAGGUGGCUUCAGUAGCCCGUAAAGGCAUUGCGAGUCCAACAUUUUUCGUUUGACGCCAUGUAUGCUGGGCACCCGGGCUGUGUCCAAAUGAUACGCUGCGUCUUAAAAUAACUACCCACCAAAGCGACAGGCAGCAAGCACUUGUAAUAGAUCAUGUCGCGUCAUCCCUGCCCAGAUAGAGCUGCAUGUAGUUGAUUCAUACAUGGCCUUUAAUAGUUUUCUCCUCAAAGUCAAUGUACUAAGUCUAACAUUUGUUCACAUGGUAAACACGGCGCACAUACGUAUGCAGAAAUAACUGCACGUGUACAAGUUUUAGCCUACCCUUGGACUUUCUUAAAUGUUUGAUUUAUGUACGCGAAUUGUUUUUCAAAACAUUUUCCCGUAGGAAGUUUUUUGCAGUGCUUUCAAUUCUAAACUUGAAGAUGUAUAAAAUAUGUCAACUGAGUAAUUUGUAUUCGAUGUCGGAGAGGGGAUCCGUCUCAUCAAAAUCAUGUUGGAAGGUGCCGUGGACGGAGGGGUGAGAGGACAGAAAUCUCGUAUGUUGCAUAUCUCUAUCUAAAGGACACUACAGAAGUCAACGUCAACAGUGAACCAUAGACACAAAACAGUCGUUUUUGGCGCACGUCCAUAUCGCAGUGACCAGUGGCCCAUAGACACAAAACAGUCGUUUUUGGCGCACGUCCAUUGCAGUGACCAGUGGCCCAUAGACACAAAACAGACGUGGUUGGCGUUAUUUCAUCGCAUAACAGGGGUCGGUACAUCUACAGCAACUGUUAAUGUUGAUAUGAAAAAGAACCUCAUUAAAGUUCACUUAAGAGGUCAAUCGGUUUCUGAUAGCAACAAUUUUCGCCUGCAUGACAGAGAACGUUGCAGACAUUAUGGUUGCAUAACAGGACUGCCAUUGGUCAGACCAUCAUGGGAUGGGGCUUCAUGAAUUGAUUCUUUUCUUUAAACUUGUAGAUAUCGUGACAGGUGUCUGAGGGAAGAGAACUGGGCAAAUGUUGGUUCAGUAAUUCUUUGAGUAAAAUCUUUACGUUUCUAAAAUCGGAUUACGUGUUUUUGUAAUUUCAACAGUUAGUAAACCUCCAGUAGGUUUUGUCUUUGGAUGCAUUUACAAUGUGGAACAAAGUCCUCGAGACAGUUCAUCUUGUUAUAUUUGAAACAAGUACCUUGUAUUAUCAGUAAUCCAAGUAGAAAACACAAAAGAGGACUAGGUACCUAAAAUUGUCGUUGUGUAAACAUGACGUUGUAUUAACUAUACUCAUCUUACCUGCUUUCCAUUGUAGUCUUAAUCUGUGAUAUUCUUCUCUAUCGCCCCAUGCUCACGUGAGGCAUGUACGUGUAUUGAUGCACUCAAAAUCAAUGGAUGAACUGUGACUUUGGUGAGCUCAUUAGCCGUGGGUUAUCUGGUAGUUUUGCUGGAAGUAAAGGAGUGUACACCUGUACAAAGUGCACUAACAUGUAUGUUUAAAUGUCAGUAAUUUUUGUGUGUGUUGCAGCCUGACCUAAAUGAAGUUAAAGGGAAUAAUACUGCGAUUGGGUCGUUACUGCGAUGGGGUCAGGUGAUGAUUGAUUGAGUCGAAUUUUCCAGGCAACUGCAGUAUAUUUUAGAAAUCAA